UCACGUGACCUUUACAGGCGGAGGAGAUCCCACGGAGCCGUGUGGGAAUAACAAUCUGUGUUCUCUUCAAACAAAAAGAAGCGACUCGGCGGUCUUUCUGUGCCCGGUUUGUUUGUCCUCUCCACACGUCCAGCAUGGCUUGGACUAAAUACCAGCUGUUCCUCGCGGGACUCAUGCUCACAACCGGCUCUCUCAACACACUAUCCGCAAAAUGGGCUGACAUGUUCUAUGCCAAGGGCUGCCGUGAUGACCCUGAACACCAGUUUGCACACCCGUUUGUACAGGCAGUGGGGAUGUUUCUGGGCGAGCUCAGCUGCAUUGUGGUCUUCUACAUCUUGCUUUGCCACGACAGACGACGCCCCGAGCCCAAGAUGAACCCCGGCCAGAGCUUCAACCCUCUCCUCUUCUUCCCUCCCGCCAUGUGUGACAUGACGGCCACCUGCAUCAUGUAUGUGGCUCUCAACAUGACCAGCGCCUCCAGCUUCCAGAUGCUGCGUGGAGCCGUCAUCAUCUUCACCGGUCUGCUUUCUGUGGCGUUCCUGGGGCGACGCCUGGUGCCCAGUCAGUGGCUCGGCAUCCUCAUCACCAUCCUGGGCCUGGUGAUCGUGGGCCUCUCGGACUUCCUCAGCGGGCACAAAGAUGACGCGCACAAACUCAGCGACAUCAUCACAGGAGACCUUCUGAUCAUCAUGGCUCAGGUCAUCGUUGCAGUGCAGAUGGUCCUGGAGGAAAAGUUUGUCUACAAACAUGACGUCCAUCCUCUUCGGGCUGUUGGUAUUGAAGGUUUCUUUGGGUUCUUCGUCCUGUCGCUGCUUCUCAUCCCGAUGUAUUUCAUCCCUGUUGGCGACUUCGGCAGCAACCCUCGGCAGGUCCUGGAGGACGCGCUGGACGCCUUCUGUCAGAUCGGGCACAAGCCUCUCAUCCUGUUGGCUCUGCUGGGCAACACGGUCAGCAUCGCCUUCUUCAACUUUGCCGGGAUCAGCGUCACUAAAGAGAUCAGCGCCACCACCCGCAUGGUGCUGGACAGCCUGCGUACGCUGGUCAUCUGGGCGGUGAGCCUGGCGCUGGGUUGGGAGAAGUUCCAGGGCCUGCAGGUGCUGGGCUUCAUGGUGCUGCUGGUGGGCACAGCGCUCUACAAUGGACUGCACCGCCCCCUGCUGGCCAGGAUACCGUGCUGUGCCGCGAUGGUGAACACCGAGGAGGUUGAGGACAGACCAGGAGAAAGAGAAAGGCUGCUGGGUGACGGCAAGGUGCAGUACGGGGACGAGGACUAAAGAGCCUGAGACGUGCUGGUCUACCGGGCCGUCUGUCAAAGACACUGCACCUUUCAUGUAAUGGUAGCCUCUUUUUAAAUGUGGUGGCAGAUUUUAACUGACCUCACACAAUGUUAUAAUAUGUGGGAUUGUGCAAGCACUUUCAAAGGAAUAGUUUGGCACACGAGUCGUAUCCAUCUUCUUCUUCUCUAACUCUGGGAAGAAAACAAAAAAGUUCUCAAAUUGUUCAAUUGUUCAGAGAAACAGAGGCCAGUCUGAAGGAGCGUUUGUAUUACGAUACAGAUUUUUUUUAUUUUUUUAUUUUUUUUAAAGGAAUUAAUUCAAGUUGGAAAUGGAAAUUAAAAAAUCAACAUUCUUUUAUAAUAGCCAGCAUCAACAUUUGCUUGUGACGCUCUCAUGUAUUUUUUUCUAUCUUUUAAAACAAUGCAGGAUAACCACCGCUCCUCCUGGCCUGAUGUUUAAAGCGAUGGAAGUAUCAAACGGUUCAAACUGAUAGAAGAGAUAUCCGCACACGUAGAUCUAUGCAGA